AUGCCCCCUCGUCGACAAGCUGCACCAGAAGGAAGCAUGCCUCCUCCCAGCCGACCAUCGAGUCCAGGCGGUGAAGAAAUCGAAGAGACGCCAUUCUUUGAUAACGUGGAUGAAUUACAGCAACAUGGCAUAAACGUACAAGAUAUCUUAAAACUCAAGAGCGCCUCCAUCAAUACUGUGUCUGGUGUCGUGAUGACUACGCGUCGUCAGUUGCUGAAGAUAAAAGGUAUGUCGGAAGCGAAGGUUGAGAAGAUUAAGGAGGCAGCACAGAAAAUCACGGGGUCUUCCUUUGCAACUGGCAUUGAAGUUCAGGAUCGAAGAAAGCGCGUGCUUAUCAUUAGUACUGGAAGCAAGUCGGUAGAUACAAUCUUAGGUGGCGGGCUGAUGUCACAAUCAAUUUCCGAAGUCUACGGUGAAUUUCGCACUGGAAAAACGCAGCUGGCCCACACCAUGUCCGUUGUCGCGCAACUCCCUCCGGAGAUGGGUGGGGCUUCUGGCAAGGGACAUUCAGACCAGAUCGCAUCAGGUCCAUCGCUGAACGCUUUGGCGUGGACGGGAACUAUGGCGCUCGAAAAUAUCCUUUAUGCGCGCGCCUUCAACAGUGAACACCAGGUUGCUCCCCUUCUCUACUAUUAUGCAGCCAUCGUUGAUAUGUUGCAGAUGGAACUCAUCAGCGAGUGUUCCAUGCGCUUUGCGGAGGACAAAGACUUCCGUCUUUUAAUCGUGGACUCCAUUAUGGCUCUCUUUCGCGUCGAUUUCUCUGGUCGUGGCGAGCUCAGCGAAAGGCAACAGAAGCUAGCACAAGUGAUGUCGAAGCUCACUAAGCUUUCAGAAGAAUUCAAUAUUGCUAUUUUGAUAACCAACCAAGUACAAUCCGACCCAGGAGCGACAAUGACGUUCGUGGCUGGCGGGGCUCUCAAACCCAUCGGCGGGCAUAUUCUAUCACACUCCUCAGCUACUCGGAUGUUCCUUCGCAAAGGCAAGUCAUUGACGCUUACCACAGCUUACAGACGGGCUGAAGAACGUGUCGCGAAGCUGGUGGAUAGCCCCGAUCGCCCUGAGAGCGAGGCCUCUUACAAACUGGACGAAGGUGGAUGGACCGAUGUGUGA